GGGUGGAAGAGGAUGUCUCGGUGUUGAACAAGUGCCCCCUAUUUCGGGAAAUGUCACCAGGAAACAACACCGUCACCAAGUCCCUCCUCUUGUUCGCCGGAUCCCUUUCUGGGGCUGAGACAUCAGGCUGCAUUUCGCUCCAACAAGCAGUCAACCACAAUGGAUUCUUUUCUUGGCCUUGUCUAAUGGCGGUCAACCAGAGCCUGCCAAAGUGUUACCAUCGCAAUCAUCUUUUACACUGGGACAUGGGCCAUUCUCAGCCGCACAUUGCACGGCAUGUUGUGGCACAACAUGCAGUAUCGCUUGAUCAAGUAGUAGCAUUCUGUUGCUGGAUCAACUAAAGAUAAGGCCGAUCCCUUGGACGCACGCUGGGAGACACGGCGGCGCAGUCGGAGUGGUAGUCCUGAACCUCGGCAGGGCGUCUAAACAGAAGCUAGUGAGGGCUUCCAGCAAAGACCGCAAUAGGAAAUCGACACAUGGUUCUAAAGAUGAUAAAUUAGCUUGUAAGAUUUUUUCCCAUCAAGUGGAGUUGCGUCGGGAUGAGGCGAAUUGGAACAUUUCGGGCCAGUCAACCACUAUAGGAAGAGCAUCCCUAAGACAGUAAUGCCAACCAAGGGAUUGACAAUGGGUAAAACACAUCCCAAGUUAUAUAAAUUUGAGGAGAAUAAGUAAUUACUUAAAAUGCGCCAAGAAUUCCUAAGGACGAGUAGGUCCCUCUAGAUGCUCUGUCUGAAGAGCUUCA